GAUAGUGGGCUUCUCUCUGGUGGUGAAAAAGAAACCAUGCAGAACCUUAAUGACCGCCUGGCCUCCUACCUGGCUAAAGUACGAGCUCUGGAAGAGGCAAACAGAGACCUUGAACAAAAAAUCAGAAACUGGUAUGAAAAAUCUGGACCAUACAAUGAUGGAGAACCCAGUGACUAUAGCAAAUACUAUAAUACAAUUGAUGAACUUCGAAAUAAGAUCCUUUCAGCAAGUGUUACCAAUGCUAGCGUUAUCCUACAGAUAGACAAUGCCAGGCUGGCUGCAGAUGACUUCAGAAUGAAAUAUGAAAAUGAGAUGUUCCUCCAACAGGGUGCUGAAGCAGACAUCCGUGGGCUGCGUAAAGUACUCGAUGACUUGGCUUUUUGCAAGAGUGACCUGGAAAUGCAGAUUGAAAAUGUGACUGAAGAGAUGGCCUUCCUCAAGAAGACUCAUGAAGAGGAAAUAAAAGAAUUGCAAGGCGCUGCAUCUGGUGAUGUCAAUGUUGAAAUUAACACCACCCCAGGAACUGACCUAACCACACUUUUGAACAGGAUGAGAACAGAGUAUGAGUCUCUGGCAGAGCAAAACCGUAAAGAUGCUGAAAGCUGGUUCAAUGAAAAGAGCAAAGAAUUAAACGCGAAGAUCAAUGUGAGUGCUAAGGAGAUGAGCACCAACAAGAUUGAGAUUACAGACCUGAGACGCACCCUUCAAGCUCUGGAAAUAGACCUGAAAUCUCAACUUGCUUUGAGGCAAUCACUUGAAGCUACUUUGGCAGAAUUAGAAGGUCGCUAUUGUGCCCAGCUCCUGCAAAUGCAAGGGAUGAUCAGCAAUGUGGAGACCCAAGUGCACCAGAUAAGAGAGGACAUGGAAUGCCAAAAUGCAGACUAUAGGGAACUUCUGGACAUUAAGAUCCGCCUGGAAAAUGAGAUUGAGACCUACCGGCGUUUGAUUGAUGAAGAAGGAAGAAAUCUAGGCUCUGGAACAAGCUCAGGAUUAAGAACCUCAACACCUGGUGUUGAAGUCACUGCUGGAUCUGACACAGAAUCAGGUUCUAGUUCAUCUUUAGAUCCAAAGAAAACGAGAGUAGUUAAAACAAUCAUCGAGGAAUUAGAUGAGCAUGGCCGAGUAACAUCUUCCAAGAUCCAGUCCAUUGAAGAAAACCCAGCUACAUAA